GCAGAAUCUUUUCGCCGUUAUUCCGAAGAAGUUUUAAGAUGAACCCGAACUCCACCGGAUCCUCAAGCGCUGCAGGUAGUAGCAUUUCAACAUCAAGUCUUCCUGGCAUAGAACGACUCAUCGGGAGAGAAAAUUGGGAAACAUGGAAGUUUGCCGUGCAAACGUUCCUGGAACUUGAAGAUCUCUGGUGUGCAGUAAAGCCGAAGAAAAACGACGAUGGAAGCUACGAAUCCGUCGAUACAGCAAAGGAUCGAAAGGCACGAGCGAAAAUCAUCUUACUUCUUGAACCAGUGAACUACGUUCACGUGAAGGAAGCGACAACAGCGAAAGAAGUUUGGUCCAAACUAGAAAAGGCUUUCGAUGACUCUGGCCUCACAAGACGAGUCGGAUUGUUGCAUAAAUUAAUCAAGACAGAUCUAGAAUCAUGCGAUUCUAUGUCGGAUUAUGUUAAUCGUAUUGUAUCAACGGCGCAUCAACUGAAUGGAAUUGGUUUCCCGAUUUCAGAGGAGUGGGUCGGAAAUCUAUUACUGGCUGGAUUAACAGAACAGUAUCGCCCAAUGAUCAUGGCCCUUGAAAACUCCGGUAUUGUCAUCACUGGGGACAUCAUUAAAACGAAACUUCUACAAGAGGUUCCUCCCACAUCAGUUGAACCUGCGUUUGCGGCAAGGACGAAGCACGUUAAUGCUGGUAAGCAAACUAAAAAAUCGAAUACAGCUAAGGGACCGAAAUGUCGAAAAUGUUCGAAAUUUGGCCAUAUAGCGAAGGAUUGCUACAGCACGAAGGGAAACGAUUCGUUCUGUGUAGUGCUUUCUACGUGUGGAUCGAAGGAAUACGGAAAAUGGUAUUUCGAUUCCGGAGCAAGUGUCCACAUGACGAACAAUAGCGAUUUUUUGAUGCAUGCGAAAACAUCUGGUGGAACUGUGGUAGCAGCCAACGGGGAGAACAUGCAAAUCACCGCGAAGGGAUCCUGCGUUUUGAAGCCUUCGUGCCAAAAAGGUGAAAUUCCCGUUGAUGACGUGCAGCUAAUCCCGAAUCUAUCCGUGAACCUUUUAUCGGUAAAUCAAAUUGUGAAAAAAGGCUACUCCGUUACGUUCACCAAUGAAGGAUGCGAAGUGGUUAACCGAAACGGCGAUAUCAUUGCUACUGGUAGCCAUGACAACGAUCUGUUCAAGCUUGACGAACGUAAAGAAGGUGAAAACCGCGUUGACAGUUUCUUCAACAGGGAGCUUGGAACUAUGGCAUCAAAGGAUGGGCCAUCUUAA